AUGAUGAAUGCUCUUAUAUGGAAUAUUAGGGUUAAUACCAUGGAAGCUUUUACAAGGUUGAUAAAACUGAAUCAAAGAUACCAUUUUGGUUUUAUAGGAUUAAUGGAACCUUUUCAAGAUUCAGACAAGAUAGAGGGAUAUAGAAGGAGACUUGGAAUGGAGCAUGCAAUAGUUAAUAUAUCUGGUAAGAUUUGGGCUUUUGUGGAAGAUAUUUUUGACUAUUACAUAAUGGUGGAUCAUCAGCAGCAUUUAACUGUUAAAUUAAGGGUUAGAGGAAGUCAGGAGGAUAUGCUAGUGUCACUAGUGUAUGCAAAGUGUACUCAAUCUGAAAGAUUGGAAUUGUGGGACUCUCUGGAGGAUUUAUCUACCUCAGUUGAUAUUCCUUGGAUGAUUGGGGGUGAUUUUAAUGCAAUAACCUCAGAAGAUGAGAAAUUUGGUGGUCUCCCAGUAACUAUCAAUGAAAUUCAGGAUUUUAGAGGUUGUAUCCAGAACUGUGGAAUAUCAGAUUUGGGAUUUAGUGGCAGUAAAUUUACUUGGUGGAAUGGCCAAAGUGGGGAUGAUUGUAUUUUUAAGAGAUUGGAUAGAUGUUUGGGAGACAAUAGAAGCAUCAAAAAACCUUUUAAGUUUUUGAAUUUUUGGGUGAAGCAGGAAGGUUUUAUAGAGUUGAUUAAACAAAAUUGGACAGCUGAUUUUCUGGCAAAUCCUUUCAUACUCUUUCAUCAUAAACUGAAGAAGGUGAAAGCAGCAUUGGCACAAUGGAGUAAAGCAACUUUUGGGAAUAUAUUUCAAGAAAUUGAAGCUCUUGAAGAGAUCAUCAAGGUGAAGGAAACUCAAUUUCAGAAUUUUCCAACUCCUACUAACAGACAGGAAUUGCAUAAAGUACAGGCAGAAUUAAACAGAUAUUUACAUCUAGAGGAAGAUUUUUGGAAACAGAAAGCUGGGAUGCAGUGGUUUCAGGAUGGGGAUAGAAACACAAAAUUUUUCCAUGCCUAUGUUCAGGGGAGAAGGAAAAGGAUGCAAAUAAGAAGAAUUCAAGGAGAAGAUGGGAGCUGGAUAGAAGAAGAAGGGGGAUAA